GUUCCGGCGAAUGGCUGCACAGGAGGAUGUGUAGCUAGCUUAGCUACUUUGUGAUUGAAGCCGUUGCCACUUAGGUAAUAUUAAUAUUUCACAACCCUGGACUUAUCAAGAACUGAAAAUGGACCAAGAAUUUAAGGACAUAGAUUCAGCGGGGCGGUGGCAGAACCUGUACAUUGAAAUUCGCAACAAGUCUCAUGAAUGUCCAUACAAAGUGGCCAAGUUUCCCGAGAAUCGGAACAGAAACAGAUACAGAGAUGUCAGUCCAUAUGACCACAGUCGAGUUAAACUAGAAAAUUUAGAAAAUGACUAUAUUAAUGCAAGUUUGGUAGUAGUAGAAGAAGCCCAAAGAAACUACAUUUUAACUCAGGGCCCAUUGAGAAACACUUGCGGUCACUUCUGGUUAAUGAUCUGGGAGCAGAGGACGAAAGCCGUCAUAAUGCUGAACAGAGUCAUUGAGAAAGGAUCGGAGAAAUGUGCGCAGUACUGGCCGACACAGGAGGAGGGGGAGAUGUCUUUCAGGGACACGCGCUUCAUCGUGACGCUGCUGUCAGAGGACGUGAAAUCCUACUACACCACACGAGUGCUGCAGCUGCAAAACACAGAUACAGGAGAGACCAGAGAGAUCUUUCACUUUCAUUACACCACGUGGCCUGACUUUGGCGUUCCAGAAUCCCCUGCCUCCUUCCUCAACUUCCUGUUCAAGGUACGAGAGUCGGGCUCCCUGGGGACAGAGCAUGGGCCCGCGGUGGUGCACUGCAGCGCUGGGAUCGGUCGGUCGGGGACGUUCUCACUGGUGGACACCUGUCUCGUCCUGAUGGAAAAGAGGAAAGACCCCUCGACUGUGGACAUUCAGCAAGUCCUGCUUGACAUGAGGAAGUACCGCAUGGGGCUGAUCCAAACCCCUGACCAGCUCCGCUUCUCCUACAUGGCUGUCAUUGAGGGUGCCAAGUGCAUCAUGGGAGACGAUUCUAUGCAGAGGCAAUGGCGGGAGCUCUCCAACGAGGACCAGGAACCGGUGUUGGAGUCGUCCCCUUCUCCACAGCCCCCCAAGCCCCCCAGGCGCCCCACAGAUAAAUUCAACGGGAACAGAGCACCCCACCUGGAGGAGGGGGGUGACCCUGAGUUGGACAGGACAGAGGGGGCAGACGUAGCAGGAAAGGAGGAGGAUGUGGGCGAGAACAGGGUGAACCUGAGGAAGAGGCACAGGGAGGAGAGGAUAGCCAGCACUGUGCAGAAGCUACAGCAGAUGAAGCAGAGACUGAACGACUCGGAGAGGAAGAAAGAAAGGUGGCUAUACUGGAAACCUCUUCUCUUUAAUGUAGGGGCCGGCGCUGCCGUGGCGGUUGGAUUGUACGUGUGCUGGGGCAUCUUCUCCCAGUAAAGUGACUGCUGGGAUUUGUUUGCACACAGACUUUUCUCUCUCUUUCCCUUUUUUUUUCUUCUAUUUUUGCACCAGUACCUGAAUGAGGGUACGUUUUACUCUGCGCUGGCUGGCUGUGCAUAACCAGAGUGUGUUUCUCAAGGUAUGCAGCAGUCUGUUAGCGCAUUAGAUGAAAAAGGAUUAUUCGAUGUAAGAUCGCAGCCGUAACAUCUCAGGAUCUUUUUUUUUUGUUUUGAUUUUUUGGGUGCAGGCGCAUUCAUCACAAAAUGUACUGACUGUCGGCUGUCUGUGUGUGUGUUUGAAAGACAUUUUAGAGUUGAGUUCCAGUCAGAAUCCUGAGUGGGAAGGCUCUACUCAGUAUUGCUGAUUCUGUGAUGAAAACAGUUUGUUUUUCAGGGGAAAAUUGAACGUGCUUGCAUGCGCCAUAAAGAAGUGUUUCACAGAACAGUUAACGUUCUUCCAAAACAAUUUGUGAGAAAGAGGGAAAGGACCAAAUGUAACCGGAUUCGGCUAAGCUUGCCGUUUUCCCAAGAAAUGCCCACUCUCACGCUGCCCGGUCACAGACACUGGAGUGACAACGCAGAGAGCCAAGCCGGCCGUCACUUCUUCCGUUGGCACUUUUCGUUCACCCGAGAACAGCCGUUCCGGGAAGGCUUGAAUGACGGACAGAUAUGGUAGGGGGGAGACGGGGCUUUAUUUUUUUCUGAUUGGAUGGACGAGUUCACGGCCUGUGACUGGGUGGGCGGGGAACGAGGCGGCACUUGCAGCCCACUGGUUGGGCAAACCAGCAGCUAAACUGGUCAUGUAAUUUCACGAUGAAGGCCGAAAGUUUGCCCCUAUGGCUCUUGUGUCCUUCACUUGUUUCUGCGAAGGGCUUUGGGUGAAAUAUCCCGAGAGGGAGAUCAGAACAAUGGCCUAGACAAGAGAGCAUACGGGACAAUACUUUUUGUUGGAUUCUACUCACAGUAUUAUCUGGUUUGUUAUAUUUCAGCUGUUUUUGAGUAUAUUUUUGUAUGAUUUAUUAGACCCUAUCGUCAAGCCUCUGGUAGGUGCUUGCAUCCGAAACGCUUGAGACUUGAAGUACCGGCAAUUCACAUGAUGUCAUUUGUAGGAGCCCCAUUCGAUGACCCUGCCAGUCUCCACCGCUAGCAGUCUGGCCAUGUGGGGAAAACUACGCAUGCAGUCCAUGCUGAGAAAGAGCUCAUGAUUGCAUUGUACAUCUUCGCCUUCGGUGGUAACUUCUGCAGUACACUGGGACCAAAGGUAUCUGGAACAACCGUGAAUGUGAAUGAAAUUUGACGUGACAAUGGCAAUGGAACGGUAAUGGAUACUGGUGAGCGGUGACUCACUGAUUUCAUCAAAGUGCAUUUCCCCUAUACAUAUGCGUCGGUGACCGCUGGUACACCCAGAAGGCGGUCCGUGAAGCCAUUGAUAACCAAUGAUGGUGCAAAGCUGUAGGCUUUUCAGACGCAUACUGUUGUGUUAAGAUUAUAGUGUUUAUGUGCACUGUAGCUGGCCGUGAAUGAGGGACGCAGAAGCCCAGCCUUUCAAAGCAGAGGCUGGGUAGGGUGGGGUUGAUGUUCACUUGGUCUUGCCUCCACGUUUAGUGUGUAGUUUAUGGCAACAUUUUUUAUCGUCUUCCAGAAACGUAAGGUUUUUUGUUUUUGUUUUUUUAGUUUGAUGCAAGCACUUAUAUAUUGUUCAUCAAAACCUGAAUACAACCAUCAUGAAUGUUCCCUUUAUCUGUGUGCCUUCAGGAGAAUAUGUUAAGUUGCUUCCAUUAUGUGAUGUAGACAGCUGUUGAUGUUAGAGGAAUUUAUUGUUACUAUUAUUAUUAUUAUUAUUAUUAUUAUUAUUAACAUUAUUAGAAUAUAUGUUCAACAGUUCUGAAACCUACCCUGAUCCAAAACCAAAGGCUUAGAUUAGUCAACCUGUUUGUCCAGCCAGCCAGUGGGGGCUCUCGGGGGGAACAGCCAGUCUUUUCCCUACCCCACCCCACUUGGCCAUUGUAAUAGGCUUUCAUGUUUAUAGUGAUUGAAAUGGAAACCAGCAUGGAGACUUUUUUGCAUGGCAGCAUUGGAAGAGCCCCAGCAGUGUAGUUACAUUGAAAGAACUGUAGCAGAACUUUGCAGGAGCAAUGCACACCGGUGCCACAGGCUGAGUCUGACCAUGCAUUGAACACGUCGAUCACUCACGCCGAGCUCGGGCUGUGAAUAGCAGCAGCGCGUUGUGACCGUGUGCAGAUCCCUCAACCAGCUGAAUCAUGCGUCUCAAUCAACUCAGCACUCGGCCCUCAGCCCAGCGAGAGAACUAUUUCAUACCAGCUGUUAAGGAUGGAACCACCUCCCAUCACAUCAGUCCUCUCAUGCUUUCUCCAGUGAUUAAAAUGAGUUUUGUGCACUCCUUAAAGCUGCAGUAAAGACAGCACACAGCCAGUUAGACAAGCAAAGUGUCUUUUCUUUCAUUCAAGAGGGGGGGUUCUUUCUGUGCAAUAAUGGCUGUGUGCGGUCGGGACAUCCUGUGACCCUCCGAUCGCAGACGGUUGACGCCCGUCAGAUCUCGACUCUGCGCGACUCCUGUGAGCCGUCGCAGCCCAGCCUGCGCGAGCCGCGCCGAACGUCUUACCGCUUCCACUUCCAGCAGAGACAGCUGCGGGAACUGCAGAUCCAGCUUAUUUUUGGAAUGCAAAUGGCGGAACUGAGACGCGAUUGAGUGCAGCUGGGGAUUUCGCGUGGAAUUCAGAGGGUAUCAUUCCAACAAUCACCCUCUUUUUCUAACUUCUUUUAAAUGGUGGCAGCUUAAGUCUAUUAUCCCUUUACUGCAAACUUUUAAAAUUGGUUAAUUUUCAGUGGAGUCUGGGAGGCACCAUACCUAAUUGAAGUAGGAAAUCGCUGUGCGCUAGUGUUGUAAGUCUGCUACAUAGCUUAGACAGUUAACAGCAGUGCAUUGUGGUGGCAUGGUACUUGACACAAAUGCAGACAAUGGUUUUAGGUCCGUUAGUUGCCAACUAAAUGGGGAAGAGAAAUUUCAAAGGGUAAAACUGACCAGACAAAACACCAGAAAUCUACUGGCAUCGUUACCUCUCAGCCAAAAGAGAAUGCAACAGAUAUUACACAAAUAUGAACUGAAAAUAAAUAUUUUAAGACAUAGCCUAUAUCCUUUUUGGUGUUCCCAGAAACCAGCACUUGUUUGCUUCCUGUAGUUUGUGUGUUGGGUCAUUACAGUGUCCCACAUAUAAGUUUCUUAAACACACAAGUAUUUGGUUAUCAGUAUUUUUCAUUCAGAAUCCUGACUCUCUCUGUCUCCUCCUUUCUACAAUUGUAAGCAUUGUUGGCUUUAAAAGAGGGCUUUGUGGAGCUGAUCCGAAAAUAUGAGUGUGCUGCUUGUGGACAGAGAGGCUCUGGUCAAGUCCAAGGACCCCAUCCCGUCGCUGCAUUCCAGAGCCGAUUCAGUGACAAAUCACAACACAGGGAAUGGACAUUUAUAUUGGUGCUUCCCAGUCCUGGUCCUGGAAUGAAAACCACCCAGCUGAGAUCUCACUUAUUUAGACUUGAUUGAGCUGUUAUCUGACCAUUGAUCUCUUUUUGACAUCACUGAAUUUAUCCAGGUAGAAAUAAUUGGUGAAGAAAACGUGCUGUCAGAGAUGUUUCUGUUUACAGGAGGAUAAAGUUGUUCAUUAAACAUGUUUUUAUGAUUAUCUGCCCUUUCGAAAAAAUUUGGUGCGCCUGUGUCAGUUUGGCAUAAUUCUCUUUUCUAAGCCCUGACAAACCACUCAGAUGGACUCAGAUGAAUAGAAGUAACUUCCAGGAAGACAUGUCACUUGUGUCCUUCUCUUAGAACAAACCUGGACAGCAAACAGCAGGCAUUGAGUGAUGUUGCCCAGAUCAGUAUUCAUUUAUCAGCUUGAUCAAACCUUUAUUAAUCAUUUGUAAGCUCAGGGCUAGAGAUGAGAGACACUGAGUUAGCGGACUCUGCAAUCUGCUUUUCCACAUGAUGUCACACCUCUGAUCUAAUUAUUCAUAUAAAACGGCUGCACAUUUUCAUUUUGGGUCAAUCUGGGACGCAGCACACAUGCUUGCCUACGUACUAUUGAGGAUAUUAGAACUAGUGUGGCAUAGACAGGUGAGCAGUUACAAUUCUAUAACUGGGAAAUCUGCCAUUAGAAUCCAGCAGGGGAAAGUCUUUCUGAAGACCCAGGUCCCGUGAGCACAUGGGAUACUUGGGAGACUGUGCUCUGGAACGUAGCAAAGGGCGGGUUCACUCUCUUAGCCAGUGCAUCUUCCUCCUCUGUGUUUGCAACAUACCGGACAAUGGAGUGCCCAAGACCAACAGGAGCCGAACGCGCUCACUGCUUAUCCAGCCCUUUCAUUUGAUGCCUCUCGGCACAAUGUGUUGGUUAGGUUUCAAGGAAGGUCCCGGUCGCUCCACCCACCGGUCAUUCAUCUGUGUGUCACCGCUGUGAAACCAGACAGCCGGUCACCUGCUCCCCUCCUCUAAUGGUGCACUUUAGGAAAAAAACCUGUACUGUAUACAAAAGUCCACUGAUGCUGGAUCAACAUCCCGAUGUUCUGACUAUCGUGGUGCUAACCGCUCUACUCGCGGUGCACUUGAUAGAUGCGAUUUGUGAACACCGUUUAUUUGCUUGUUUUUUUUCUCUUCCUCUUUCUCUUUUCCUUUAUAGCAGACUCCUUUAAGUUAACCAAAGUGUUAUAUAUAUGGUCAUUCUUAACCAACCGUUGGUAGGGGGUGGGGACGAUGUGCAAAUUUGUGUGGCAAUGGGUGGAUGAGAAGUUCUGAUGCCAAAGCGGUUGGACAGCAAUGUGCGCUGGUGCGCUCAGGUGGGCUGACUAGCGCUCCAGUGGCUGCCGUAUGGCCUGCUGCGAAGGCCCCCAGGGGGCCCCUCUUGUGCUCUGCCUGCUUGUGAAUUUCACAGGAAAAAAGCAUGACCUUGUUAAGUUGCUGGUCCUGUUUGUGUAUUAAUACUUUUAGCUGCACCCUCCCCCUCCUCCUCCCCUUCCCCCU